GCUGUCUUUCUCAGUUUUAUUUUGAAAUCAAUGUGAUCGUGAUCUUCCAUUAAUCGGGGAUCAUGAUUAAUUUCGGUAUUCUAAUUUAAAUGAUCACCAAGACUCACGACGAACAGCUUGGACGAUGUCUUAGCAGAACUGAUUUUCUCCAUGCUUACUUAUGAAAUCACAGGACAAAAAGCAUUACCACCGAACCCUAUGAAAGUGUUCUUUAACAUUACACAAGUAUAGGCCAAAAAUGCUUUAAAAGGUUUUGCAAUUGUUUGAAAAGAAGAACACUGAGUAGUUUCAGUUUUUUAAGUCUCUAUUCGGAUUCAUCAUGGGGUCACAUAUUUGCAACUGUGAGAUAUGGCACCAAAAUGAUAUCAUCUUGUCAGACUGGAAUGAAGCGUCCGGGAUGAAUGGUGUUAUUUGACUGUCUGUCUGGAUUACUGAACAGGGCACCAUCAUAAACGGAUAAUCUUGCUGGAAGUGGACAUCUCAUCACAUGGAGGAAAAUACAUUUUAUGCUUGAAAGCAGGGCAGAGGUAUGUGUGCACAGCAGCUGGUACUGAGGCAGAGGAUGGAGUUGCUCAGGGCUCUGAGCUGUGGGGCCACAGCAGAGCCCCUGGACUGCGUGCUGGACCUUCUCCUUUCCUGGGGUGUCCUUGUCUGGGAAGACUACCAGAGUGUGCGUGGGCUGGCAAAGCCCCUCUGCUCCAACACCAGAGACCUUCUGGAUUUGGUCUACAGCAAAGGGGAGCAGGCUUGCAGUCUCCUGCUAGCAGCAUUUAACCAAGUCUUACCCGAGUCUCAGAAAGCUGGUCUGUGUUUUGGCAAAUGCAGGCCUGUAGGGUUGAAUGCUAAGGGGACUCCCACAACUGCCUGUCAGGUGUUGCUGAGCGAUAGACCCAUACUGGUGAGGAAACUCAGAGACCGUUUGGAUGAUACAUUGGAUGCUCUUUUGGAGGCAGGCUGUUUCACUUCAAAAGACUGUGAUGAAGUGCUCUUGCCUGUUUAUACACCUUCACAAAAGGUUAGGAGACUUUUAGACCAAGUGAUGUUCAGAGGGGAAGGAGCUGCCAACGUCUUACUGCGGUACCUUCCCCAGGAAGACAUUACGACACCUGGUAAAGAGGAAAAGCAACUCUCUGCUGAAUGCCUACUUUACCAGAAGAAACUUCGCAGCUCUGUCUUGGCCCAGGCCCAUUUCCUCAGCACUUAUGGUGGAACAGGGAGAUUCUCCCUAGACGACAUCUACACUGAAAGCCUGCUGGAGCUUCUGCCAGCCGACAGGGCCACCACGGCCCUGGGGCUGGAGGAUGUGGUAGGUCUGGUCGGGACUCUCAAUGAGGAAGCCGAUACGGUGCUUGUGUCUGGGGAGGCAGGAACUGGCAAGAGCACUUUGCUGCAGAGGCUCCACCUGCUAUGGGCCCGUGGGGUCUUGCUGACGGAAAUCCUCCUGCUGUUCCCCUUCAGCUGCCGAAAGCUGAGUGCGGAGAAGAGGGCACUGUCUCUGAAAGAGCUUCUAUUCCUGCACUGCUGCUGGCCAGACCGUGGCCAAGACGAGCUCUUCCAGUUCAUUCUGGACCAUCCUCACUUGGUCCUAUUCACGUUCGAUGGCCUGGACGAGUUUAGGAAGAGUUUCACGGAUGAAGAGCGCCAUUGCUGCCCCACUCAGCAAGCACCUGUUCCUGUGCUGCUCUUCAACCUUCUCCAGGGCACCUUGAUGAAAGGGGUUAGAAAGGUGGUGACCAGCAGGCCGCAUGCCGUGAGUCCGGCACUGAAACGAUAUCUCCGCAAGGAAGUCUUUGUGAAGGGUUUCUCUCCAGAGGGAAUAGCCUGCUUCGUUAGGAAACACCACAGCGAUCCCACCAUAGCUAAUAGGGUUGUGGAGUCGGUGCAGGCUAACACAGCCCUGCUUGGGCUCUGCCACAUACCUGUGUUCUGCUGGAUUGUGUCUAAGUGUUACAAGGAGCUCCUUGGAUGUGGGGAAGGUAGCCCUCAGACCAUCACAGAUGUCUACCUCAUGGUUUUGCAACACUUCUUUCAGAGGAGGGUCCCGCAGGAACAUCAAGUCCUGGGAAAGGGGUGGUUGCAGGAACAUCUAGAGACAGUGGUGAGACUAGGGAGGCUGGCGCUGGAGGGGGUGGAGACGUCCUGUUACGUAUUCCCAGCGGCACAGAUGCAGAACUGUGGCAUCACAGAGCAGGACAUUAAACUGGGAUUCCUCAUACACUGUAAGGACCUCUCGGAUUCCACUGACUGCAGCCGUUAUGAGUUUCUACACAUCACCUUGCAGUGUUUCUUCGCCGCAAUCCAUAUUGUUCUGAAUAAGCAUGGCAAUCGCUCCGUCAUCCCAAAGCUCUUCGAGUCGCAGUGCAGACCGCUUCCAGGCCUAAAUUGCAUGUUCCUCAGACAGUGCAUCAACCACUCCGUGGAGGAUGACACCAAUACGGAAGAGACCCCAAACUUACAGAUCAUGGCUAAGUUUGUGUCUGGCCUCCUGUCCCAGCGCCAUCGCAACCUCCUCUCACGGUCCUGUCCUGCUGUCACUCUCGAGUGGAGAGCCAAGCAGGUCCUGAAGUGCUUGUCGACAGGCAUGCAGAGACACUUCAAGACCAUCCCUCGCCCCGUGGAAGGCGAGAAGAAGAGCAUGCAUGCCAUGCCAAGCUUCGUUUGGCUCAUCAAGUGCAUCUAUGAGAUGCAGGAGAGCCAGAUCGCGAAGGAGGCGGUGGCCAAGCUGGAGGUGGAGCACCUGAAGCUAACCUACUGUAAUAUUGGGCCAGUGGAGUGCACCGCACUGGCCUACGUGCUACAGCACCUGCAGAGUCCAAUCGGACUGCAGCUGGACUGCAACACUGUGGGAGAUGUGGGAGUGGAGCAGCUCCUUCCAUGUCUACACGUCUGUCACUCCCUUUACCUGAGGAACAAUAACAUAUCAGACGAAGGAAUCCGCAAACUUGUUGAGAAGGGAAUACACUGUGAAAACUUCAAGAAAGUGGCACUCUUCAACAACAAACUAACAGAUGAGUGCACGAAACAUUUUGCCUGGCUGCUUAAGUCAAAGCAGAACUUUCUCUCAAUAAGGCUUGGAAACAAUAACAUUACAUCACAGGGAGCCACGCAUCUGGCAGAGGGCCUGGGAUACAGCCAGUCAUUACAAUAUCUGGGGCUAUGGGGUAAUAAGAUUGGAGAUAAAGGUGCUGAGACUUUGGCAGAAGCGCUAAAGGACAGUACUACACUGAUAUGGUUUAGCCUGGUGGAUAAUGGUGUGGGCAACUCGGGAGCACGUGCUUUGGCAAAGCUUGUGAGGAGGAGCACGACACUUACAGAGCUCUGGCUAAACCAGAACUGCAUCAGCAGGGAUGGUGUGGAGCAUCUUAUACAGGCUUUGGAAGUGAACUCCAGUGUUAAGGAUGUGUGGUUGAGGGGAAACAAUCUCAGUCCAGAGGAGGUGGAGGAACUGAGUCUGCGAGAAAGCAGGCUAACGUUCUGAAGACUAGCCCCUCUACUUCUACAGAGGUCCCCUCAUUUUCUCCAUCAGGGCAAGCAGCAGUAACACCAACCCACACACAUGCUGGCCACCAGUCCCUGCCUUAUGUCUGCCUGUCUCUUAACACAUGGUAUACUGCUUCAUUAAGGACUGGAGGAGCUCCCUGUCACGCCACCUGCCCUAUAAUCAGUUAGUCAGAUGUGAGCUCUUUAUGACAGCCUUCCCUGACAGCCUUAUUCCCAAACGGAGGUGCUUAUUUAACAUAAUGUAUUGGUGGCACUUUGUAUCAUUAUCUAUAAUAUUGUGAUGUUUUAUAUUUAUGAUGUUUAAUAUUAUGCUGUGUCCAUUUCGACCUUUUGUGUUCCUCUUUUCCGUUUUUUUUUCUCGAAUGCCUUUUUUGAGAAUGAUUUGCAUAUAAAAAAAAGAAGAAAACUGCAAAUUAAAUGAAAGCAGCAGUGUUUUUGAAAAAGCUGAAUUAAAAAAUAUAAACAUAAGUUGCACAUUUUAGAAACGCUCCUCGCCCUGCACAAACGCAGUUAGCGAGGUAACUAAUUUGAUGUUAAACUGGUGCCUCUCUGCAAGCGACUGUGGUUUUAUUAUGGAUUUACUGGAAAACCCCAGGAGGCGGGGCUUACGAAGAGUCUAUCUACUUCACCAAUCAACGCUACCAGAAGGUGGGGCUUAAGAGAAGGCUAUUUGUUCCACCAAUCAACGCUGCAAAAGAGCCUCGCUCACCAAUCCGAGAAGACCGGUUAUGGUUGGUUUGAUAAACACUUAAUGAUCUCAUUUAAAUUUCAAAUAA